AUGCUAGCCAUGAUGGAGAUCAGCUUUCCCGACGUCCCCGACAUGCACCGACGCUAUCUCAUCUCUAGUGGCGACUCAAUGUCACUCACACACCUGAAUGCCUUUGAAGACGAGCUCAGGACUACCCACGGCGAGGGACAAGUGGGAACAUUUGACAAACACAUCGUUGCGAGAGCUAGAAAGAUUCACCAGAGCCUACUUACAACGCCCUUUACCGCCCUGAUGUCGGUGGCUGAGAUAUUCCCCUUGCUGCUGUCCUCUCCUUUCAAGGGCCCCAGAAGUCGCCAGCAGUUUCCCGACAUCAUUCUCACCAAUGGCCCUGCCACUGGCUUCAUCGUCGGUCUAGCGGCAUACCUCCUCAAGAUGCUCUACGUUGUUCCAGAAGACACCAUGCAGGUCGUCUACGUUGAGUCGUGGGCCAGAAUUCAGACCCUCAGUCUGACAGGGAAGCUGUUUCAUUACACUGGCAUUGCCGACAUCUUGUUGGUUCAGCAUGAGCAAGUAGCCAAGGCCUACGGCGUGACCAAUGCAGGUUGUAUGGUUGUGAGAAAGAAGAUAUGA